AUGCAAAUAAGUCGCAUUGCUGUGGCAAUGUCCAAGAAUCCGAAAGUCGAUGUACUGAACUACAUGACUCGUGAAAAUCGUCCCUUCAGUGUUAAUGACGUCGUUGCUGCACUGCAAAAAGCCCAUGGGAAGACGGCUAUUUCUAAAGCAAUCGACGAAUUGGUUCUGGAGGACUCCUUGGUUGAAAAGGUCUACGGGAAACAGAAAGUUUUUGUUGUUUCACAAGACAAGUUGCCGCGUCCCGACGGUUUCGAGUUAAAGGCAAUGGACGAAGAAAUUAAUAACCUCACGACUAAGCUUCAGCAACUUAAAGAUCGAAUUAAAUUGGUCGAAUCGGAGUUGGAGUCUGUACAGUCCAGUUUGUCCCUUGAGGAGGCACGGGACCAGAAUGCGAUCAUAGAGGCAAAAAUAGAGGAGAUAAAGAAGUUGAUUGAUGAAUACGGCUCAGAAGUCCCAGUUACCCCAGAAGAAUUCACUCAAGCGGAAACAAGGCAGAAGACCGCCGUUGCAGAAUGGCGCAAAAGAAAACGCAUGGCCAUGGAUAUCAUCGAAGCUGUUGCCGAGAGUUACCCCAAAAGCCGAAAGGAACUCAUGGAGGAUAUCGGCAUUGAAACGGACGAGGAUCGGGGAGUAUCCAUCGCCGACUUCACGUCAUGA